CCUCUUCGCUCCUCCCCUUGCCUGUAGCGACGUCGGAACAAGGCCUGUAGUUAGUACUCAGACCCUGUUUUCUCCGGUUUUUAGUUUUCUACAAACAUGGCCACUGCAGCUAUCUCCCGGCCUGUGAAGAUCGGGAUUAUUGGUGGAACUGGUCUAGAUGAUCCUGAAAUUUUGGAAGGAAGAACUGAAAAAUAUGUUGACACACCAUAUGGCAAGCCAUCAGAUGCCUUGAUUUUGGGGAAGAUAAAAAAUGUUGACUGUGUCCUGCUUGCAAGACAUGGAAGGCAGCAUACCAUCAUGCCUUCAAAUAUCAACUUCCAAGCAAACAUUUGGGCCUUAAAGGAAGAGGGCUGCACUCACAUUAUAGUGACUACUGCUUGUGGCUCUUUAAGAGAAGAAAUUCAACCUGGAGAUAUUGUAAUAAUUGACCAGUUUAUUGACAGGACAACCAAAAGACCUCAAACCUUCUAUGAUGGAAGCCAUGCCUGCUCUGGAGGAGUGUGUCACAUUCCAAUGGCUGAGCCAUUUUGUUCUAAAACCAGAGAGGUUCUCAUAGAGACUGCUAAGAAACUUGGACUCAAGUGUCACUCAAAGGGAACAAUGGUAACCGUGGAGGGACCCCGUUUUAGUUCUCGGGCAGAAAGCUUAAUGUUCCGUGUUUGGGGAGGAGAUCUUAUCAACAUGACAACAGUUCCAGAGGUCGUGCUUGCCAGAGAAGCUGGAAUUUGCUAUGCAGCCAUUGCUAUGGCAACAGAUUAUGAUUGCUGGAAAGAGCAUGAAGAGGCGGUUUCGGUUGAUAAUGUCAUGAAGACUCUGAAAGAAAAUUCAAAUAAGGCCACUAGUUUACUUCUUACUGCAAUACCACAGAUUGGGUCUAUGGAAUGGAAAGAAACCCUGUGCAGCAUGAAGCAUGUGGUCCAGUUUUCCAUCAUUUUACCAAGACAGUGAAAUGGUGUGGAUACUCUGAGGAACAGAAGAGGUCCCUUCUUCAGUAUUUUCCAGGAUGUAUAAUUGCCACAAAUAAUAGAGAAUCACAUUCUCUGUGCCACUUGUGGUGGUAAAAGACCACAUUUCCUCAGAGAUUUUACUUCUAUGGCAUGGUAGCUUCAGAAGUAAGUAAGCCUGCAGAUUUCAAAAGGUACUUGAAAGCAAGCUACCAUUCCAGUAUCUUUAAUGUUUACAAGUCUAGAAGAAGGAUUAUGAAAAUGGAUCAUUUCUCCCAACAUUAAAUGCUAACAAUAUAUAUUUGUGCUCCCAAAAGGAAGUAGGUAGUUUCCUGAGUCUUUUCUACCAGAAAAGAAUUUGGCCUUCAUUUUCAUUACCUAUAUAUCCAAGAAAAAAUAUUUUUAUCUAGAAAUGAAGACAAUUCAAGAAAACAUGCAUGUUAGUAUCAGGCAUUUUAUUGUUGGCAUUUCAUCUAUUUUUUUAAUCUUUGCUGCUUUUGUGAAUCCAUGAAUUCAUUCACUUAUGUUUUAUUAAUUUGAACUUUUUUAUUUUUAAUGAAAUCAUUUUCUUCCCUACCAUAAAGUUAAACUUUUUUUUUAAAUUUAUGAUUGAUAUUGAACAGAAUUUCUGAGGCAAACCAUUUGAACUUGACAAAUGUUUGUUUGACAACAAAACAUUCUUUAAAGUUCAUAAGCCUUUGUCUGUUGUUUGAAAUGUUUGUGAUCAUGUUUCAGUUCUGUGCUUUGU